AUGCCAUCCGGUGCUCGUUUCAGUUUCACUUACAACAGCAUCAAACUUGAUCAUCAAGCAAUUCAAACACGAAGGGCGGUGAGCCGAGUGCGGGGCAACUACCACCUAUUUCUACGGAAUCAACCCAAGAAGCCACAGUUCACCCAGAACAAUCUUGGUCCAAGCAGGAAAUGGGAAGUUCCAAAGAUGAAGAGUAUCGAAUGA